AUGGCAACUGAAGAUAUCCAGCCAACUUCACUCAAACAAGCUUUCCAAAAUGCACGCGCAGCAACUACUGCUCUCCUUUCACCACCGCCAGGUUCUCCUCCACGUCGACCAGAUUCACCCUCUUACCAAGCAGAUGUCACUCAAGCACUCAAUCUUUGGUCACGCGUACAAUCUCAAAUCCAUACACUUGCACUUUUCUCUCCCAAUGAAUCCCUAGAUGAUCUAGCAACUUCAGAAAUCAAAUAUUUGGCUACAGAAUACCAUUUGGCCCAAACUUGGGAACGUAAAUUGCAAUUAAAUGGGAAACAACGUGCCAUAGUUGUACAAACUGCAAUCGAAACAUACCUUGCAUUCUUAGCCACAAUCGCAGGCUACGGACUACUUGACAAAGACGCUGCCACUGCCGCUGGUGCUGGUAUUACCUCAGACGGCCCCAUUCUUUCCCCCCAUCUGGUGACUGUUCUUAGUAACCCACAUGCAGGUAAAUUAGAUCUCCAAGAAGUUCUCCGUGCUUCUAGAUCUGCUGCUGGACCUACAUCAAGUGCAGAAUCCACACGUGCUGAAAAAAUUGCUCGGUUUAAACGUGAACGUGCUUUAGAAACGGCAGCAGCUGCAGCAGAACGUUCCACAGAUUUACAUGAUGAAGAUGCAGUUCGAGCAACUAGUAUUUUAGGACUCCAAUUACUGGCAUUACGUGCAGUUGGUGCACUUGAUGGACUGGCUAUGGAACAAGAUUUGUUGCGUAGGUUCCCUGAACCACCACCUACUAAUACUGCUUCAUCUUCAUCUUCAUCUUCUUCAAACACCCUAUCUGGCCCCCGUGAACGUGUAGACAUACUCACUGCUUCACGUGCACCCCAAGCUCCACUAUUAAAUCCUGCCGGUAAGGUUCUUCGGCCGUUUACUAUUCUUCCAUCAUCUUCUGGUGCUACUUCAGGCACUUCUUCUUCUCGACAAGCUGUAUUGCAGCGGGUCCAAGGUACAGGUCAGUAUUUGCCAACAAUGACGGUUGAAGAAUAUUUAGAUGAGGAAAUGAAGCGUGGUGGAAUUAUAUCUGGUGGAGGUGAAGCGUCACGGAAAAAGGAAGAUGAUGGGAAAAGUGAUGAGGAAGAUACAAAUAGGGCAAUGGAAGCUGCAGAUCUUAAAACAAUCAAGGCCCGUGAAUGGGAUGAAUUUGUAGAAGCUAAUCCUAAAGGCUCAGGUAAUACCAUGAAUCGUGGGUGA